AUGGGAUUCGCCGAUCUCCAACCAAUUUUGCAAAGUCUGCUAGAGUCUGUCGCCCUUUUUAAUGCUGCAGUCAGAGGGGGAUUCAAGGAAGCUGCUUCAUCGCAAGUUGACCUACCGGACGAUAAGCUGGCAACCAUUCAGCGCGUUAUUUCUUUUCUUUAUAACCAAGAUUACAACGAAAUAAGCACCUUUGAUAUUCAGGACGCAAAAGAUGCCAUCGCCGAAGUUGUGAAGCCUUGUUCAACUGCGCAGAACAAUUUCGAAGUUUUCCUAGCGGCAGACAAAUUUGACAUUCCGUCUUUGAAAAGGCUUGCAAAAUCCCGCCUUAUUAGCUGGAUUGAAAAAAAUCCCGAGAAACUUUCACAAAUUGUACGAGAUAUCUGGGUCAACAUCCCGCCUCUUGAGACUGAGCUCCAAAGCGCCAUAAUCAAUGCAAUUUCAUGCCACGCGGACACGUUUCUCAAGCAUGAUGAGGGGAUCAAGAUUUUGAGUGAUCUACCAGAGCUUACCAUUGCUGUGCUCAAAGAAACUGUCGAUGAAAACACUCGCCUUAAACUUCAACCGCGGAAAAUCCGUGCAGGAUGGUGA